AUGUUUGUCGUGGAGACGGACAUCAUCAAUGCUGCGCGCAAGGCCGGCGCCAAGUACAUCGUGAAGCUGGCCACGACCGACUCCGCAAUGCACGUCCACAGCGACAUCUUCUACGCCCGCUCACAUCUGGCGGUGGAGCACUUCCUCGAACAAGGCGACAUUCCGUUCACGAGCCUCCGGCCGAACCUCUUCCACAAUAACGUGGUUGGCCUUGACUUGGCCUCGGUGGCAAAAACGCACCAGUUCAGGACCAUGGCUCAUGGCGCCUCGGUGGCUUCAAUCGACCCCGCUGACGUGGGGAGGGCUGCGGCCGCACUCUUGUCCUUGGACGACCCUUCGCCCCACUACGGCCAGAAGUACACGCUGACCGGACCUGAGAAUAUCAACGAUCAAAGCGUUGGUGAAGUGCUUCGGGAGGUGCUGCAAACAGACGUCAAGUUCGCAGGCGGCGUCAGGGACGACGAGUUCCCGGCCCUUUUUCUGGCGGCCCUCGCCAACCUGAAACAGGGCAAAGGCGAUCUGGCACACACAGCCACCUCUCCGGAAAUUCUGGCUCUCGCCCCACCCAGAAGCACUUUCAAAGACUAUGUCACCCAUUACUUUGCUAAGCGCGUGUAA